AAAAGUCGGCUUUGCGCCAAACCCCUACCUGUACCACCUUCACGGCCUCAAUCUUUUCAGGGCAUAUCCUGAGAUAUACACAAAUUUGCUGGCCGAGACAGUGAUAGUAGGUGCGAGCAUAGGAGAAAAAGCAGGGCUCUACGUGAUAAUUGUCAUCGCAUACUGUGUGUUGAAUUGAACGAUCCAUUAUGAACGCGCCAAACAGAUUUGAGCUCUUUGUCCUCGAAGACGGCGAGAAACCUGUCGAAGUCACAGAAGACACCAAAAUACCCAAUGCAGCCACUUUCAAGAUCGUGAAGCAAGACCAUACGUUGGGUAACAUGAUUCGCGCACAAGUUCUUUCGAUGCCUCAAGUGCUCUUUGCCGGAUACAAAGUACCUCAUCCACUACAUCCCUAUUUCCUGUUGAAAAUCCAGACGGAUGGGACCAUGACGCCGCAAGCUGUCCUGGAGCAAGCCUGCACGAAACUCAUCGCCACGAUAUCCUCGCUUGAGGCAAAGUUCAAGCGAGAGUUCUCCUUUAAGACGACUGAGGGUAAUGUGCCAGAGGAUCCAUAUGGCACGACGGGCGCAAGUGCGCAGAACUGGGGGACAGGGAAGGAUUAUUUGGAUUUUUAGGAUACACAUACCUGUCACGUCAUGGUCGUACAUGUGUAUAUAAUAUCGCCUUUGUUGGGUAUACCAAGUUUUGCACCCCGAACC